AGAGAUGGGAAACAUGUGAACAUUCAAGAGAAGCAAAAGCCUUCCAUGAUUAUAGUGCUGCAGCAGCUCCCAGUCCAGUGCUAGGAAACAUUCCCCCAGGAGAUGGCAUGCCCGUAGGUCCUGUGCCACCAGGGUUCUUUCAGCCAUUUAUGUCACCUUGGUACCCUGGAGGUCCAAGGCCCCCAUUGAGGAUCCCUAAUCAGGCACUUGGAGGUUUCCCAGGAAGUCAGCCAUUACUCCCCAGUGGAAUGGACCCAAUCUGACAACAAGGACAUCCAAAUAUGGGUGGGCCAAUGCAGAGACUGACUCCCCCAUGAGGAAUGGUGCCCUUAGGACCACAGAGCUAUGGAGGUGCCAUGAGACCCCCACUGAAUGCUUUAGGUGGCCCCAGAAUGCCUGGGAUGAACAUGGGUCCAGGUGGUGGCAGACCUUGGCCAAACCCAAUAAAUGCCAAUUCAAUACCAUCCUCCUCAGCGUCUCCCGGGAAUUAUGUAGGUCCACCAGGAGGCGGAGGGCCACCAGGAACACCCAUCAUGCCAAGUCCAGCAGACUCAUCCAACUCGGGAGACAACACGUAUACUUUAAUGAAUGCAGUACCUCCUGGACCCAACAGGCCUAAUUUCCCGAUGGGCCCCGGGUCAGAUGGCCCCAUGGGCGGAUUAGGAGGAAUGGAGUCACAUCACAUGAAUGGCUCGUUAGGCUCAGGAGAUACGGACAGUAUUUCCAAGAACUCUCCCAAUAACAUUAGCCUGAGUAAUCAGCCGGGCACCCUGAGGGAUGAUGGCGAAAUGGGGGGAAACUUCUUAAAUCCUUUUCAGAGUGAGAGCUACUCCCCGAGCACGACCAUGAGCGUGUGAGCCCGCGGACCCCGGGGGAGCCGGCCCUCCACGGAACCACUACGGAAGACAAUUACUCAUCACAGUGUGCAGUCAACCAAGGAAUCUCAGUCACACCAAGCCGACCUUUUGAUUUCCUGCUCUCUCCCCUCUCUUGUGAAGAAAGCGGGUCCAAACGUGAUUCAAACAACCGUCCGGAGAGGCAGACUCGCGCUGCCCGCCGCGGAACUGCAAACCCUGCCCUGUGUGUAUCUGUGUGUGGGACGGCGGAUGUGCUGUCCAUGUGUAUGGUAAACGGACAUAGGCACAUGCGUGCGGUGACCCACAGGACACUCACAAACACGAUCACGUGACAUCUUACGUAGCAAUAAGUAGGGACUUUUAUUCCAUCCUUUUUUUCACGUUUACAUUUUAAUUAUUAAAAGUCGCUCCCGCCC